UAGGUUUGGGAGGAGGUCACUAGAUGUACAUGCGAUAAUAAAUUGCUCGCUACACUGAGAACAGACUGCUAGCUACACUGAGGAACUGACCAGGUUCAUCACCAUGUAAACAGCCAGGGUCAUAUUUGAACAAUUGGAGUCACUUUGUAUCAGGUUAAAAUAGUAACAAGGAACUAAAGACGAAACAAUGAGUGCUGAGGGAGAAAAAUCUCCAGGCAGGGAAAUGGAGCUCAAUAUGCCAAGGACUCCGGUAUAUGACCAGUCUAUAUCACUGUGGGGACGUGUUAAAGUGUUACCUAUACAGAUUCAACGUCAGCUGCUGGACCAGUACCGUGAGCCAUUCACUGUGGAGGUCCGAGACCAACUGGCGGAUCUUAUAGAACAACUCCCAUGGAGUGAGGUGAACGAAGAAAACUCUGGUAAUUUUGAAGAUGAAGGAUAUGCUAAUCAGAUGUUGGACUCAGUGCUAAACAAACUUAGCAGCACCAUUCAUAGUACCACAGAAUUUGUCCUCAAAACCAAGCUUCGUGACUCUGAACACAAACUCAGACAAAGAUACAUGGGAAAUGCCUUGGAGUUUGUUAAGUUAGUGAAAAGCUACCUAUCCCAGGAGGAACGUGCUGUGGCACAGGCAGAAAGUGCUACAUCUGAGAAUGGAGGUGACACGCAGUAUCAUCGUCAGCUGGAUCUUAUCCAGAGAAUUGAAAGUUUACAGUGUAGGACCCAGGUCACUCAAAACUAUCUGCAGACACUUGAUGAGAAGUUCAAACAGUUAAUAAUAGCUCGACAGAAACUUUCACAGAUCACAGGCCAGACACAACAGACAGAGAACCAAAUCCGCAAGGUCCAGAACUCUGUAGGAGGUGUGACAUUGGAUGUACAACAACAGAACCUUAAUCUAUUAUAUAAUCAGCGGUCGAGUCUCAACCGAAUGACAGAAGACAUCAACCACACCAUAAAAGAAAUGGCCACACAACUUGUAGCAAUACGGAAGGAUUUCGCAGAGAAUUUUCAGCAGACACAUGGUGAACUUGAGGUUCUCCAGAAACUGGUUAAUCAGGAGGUAUUGUCUUGGAAUGUACAACAGAGAUUGGCGGGCAACGGAGCUGAGUUUGACCUUCGAGCUCUGGCAAAUAUACAAAACUGGUUUGAAGGAUUGGCAGACUUGACAUGGAAGAAUAGAAACCAGAUUUCCCAGAUGGAAUCAUUUGGAAAGGAUUUCCCUAUUGAUGUUCCACAAGGAAUACAGGACAUGGUUACGAGUUUGAGUCGUUCUAUCAGCAACAUUCUCACUAACCUAGUCAGAAGUGCCUUUAUAGUGGAAUGUCAGCCUCCUCAAAUACUGAAAGUCAACAACAAGUUCACAGCCAAAGUGAGGCUCUUGCUCGGUAACAAGCUGAAAACUUACAUGGAUCCUCAAAAGGUGACAGCAGUUCUCCUAAGCGAGCGUCAGUUAAGCCGGCUGCAGGAAUGUGAAAUUCCACACCAAUUUAAGGAGACUUCUGGCAAACUGUUAAAUGACAAUGGGCGCAUGGAGUACAAUGAAACAACACGAGAACACAGUGUUUCCCUGAAGAGUAUGCAACUCCAAAAAAUAAACCGUGCUGACAGAAAACAGAAUGUGACAGAAGAGAAAUUUUGUAUUGUGUUUAAGUCAACAUUCCAGAUUGGAAACCAAGAACAAUUUGUUUGGACGAAAUCUAAUCCCAUUGUUGUAAUUGUCCAUGGCAGUCAGGAAUGUCGAGCGAUGGCCACAAUUAUGUGGGACAACCAGUUUGCCCUACCAGAAAGACAGAUGUUUGAAGUGCCAGACUUUGUCCCUUGGCCACAAAUGUGUGAGCUUCUUAGCUGUAAGUUUAAACAGAUGACACAGCGUGGACUGGCAAAGGAUGACUUGGACUAUCUAGCUCACAAGAUCUUUCAAGGAAGCCAGGAAGUAGAAGAUUACUCACCGUACAGCAUCACCUGGGGACAAUUUGUCAAGGAUAAUCUACAGCUUGCCUCUGCACCUGUUGCCUUUACCUUCUGGGACUGGUUCCACAGUAUCUUAAAACUAACAGCAAAACACCUAAGGGAAUUAUGGCAGGACGGUUGCAUUGUUGGAUUCAUCAGCCGUCCAAAGGCAGAGAAACAACUCCUUAGUGUGAAAAAUGGGAAUUUUCUGUUACGCUUCAGUGAAUCCGAGUUGGGCGGUGUCACAGUUGGCUGGGUUGAUAAUGUUACACAACAGCACGGUGAUGGCACAAAAGAGACAAGAGAGGUUAACUUUGCACAACCAUACGAGGGAGAUGACUUUAGUGUGAAGAGUCUCGCUGAAAGAGUCAAAGAUGUAGACAAACUUUUAUACCUGUAUCCAGACAUACCUAAGGACCAGGCAUUCAAAAAAUACUGGCUUCCGUUUCCAGGAAGGAAUUCAAGAAAGCCACACAAUCCUCGUUACAAGCACAUGGGAACUUUGAUACAAGAUAUCAUUGCUGUACCAACACAGAAUAGCGGUAUGUCACGAAAACGUGAGAAAUCAGCAGAAACUGAGGACAGCUUAACGGCAGAACCUCCAUCAGGCAGUGGGUUAAAACGAGAAAUGACUUGGCAAAUGGAUGACAUGUCUGGGUUUGGAUCUGUUUAUGACAACACGAUCAAUGUUGAACAGAUAAUGAAUGCAAUGGACAUUGCACAUGUCUCCUCUCCUGCUUCCAUAUCACUUGAUGCUUUUGAUGAUCUUAUCAGUGAAGAGGGUGACAUGCUUUGAUCUCAACAUUCCGAUUCUGCCAGCCUUUUUACCUGUAACAGAGUGUUAUGGCAUAUGAUUUGUUCCAUCUUGAAAGCCAUAUCAAUCUUUGGAAUUUGUUGAGUGAUCGAGGACUGAAAUAAAAAUGUUACAUAAGAAGGAUUAGACAAGAGUUUAAUUGAUAAGUUCAUGUUUAAUGUUCUGGGGUCAGAGUAACAUUUACUAUCUAUGUAAGCUCAUUAAUCGAAUCAGUGGAUGUUAAGUCAGUAAAAAAAUACUUACAUCAACAAUUUUGUUAGGACUAAUCUUGUGCAUUGAAUUUUCUGGUCAUUUAUGAAAUGACAGAGGAGUGAUGUUAUGUCCUGAAUGACUGCUUUACUCCUACCAAUGCUGCUAUUCAAAAAUUUGUCAGUUUUUGGCUUUUUCCUGGUUUAUCGGUAGUGAAAACCCAUAGUCAUUUUGACACAUUUCUACCUGAAGUUGUACAGUCAUUGGUCAAAUGUUCUACUUCAGUACAGAACAUUCUGUAAUCAGCAUCUCGAUAAACACAAGCCGCCAGGAUAAAGAUAAGACCACACCUUUCACAUCUUCACCAGAGGUUGCAUAAUCCAACAUGCUACUGACUCAGCCAUAUAAAAAUAUAUUCGUGUUUUUCAAUAGAAGACAUUUGGUAUAUUAUUGAUGAUUUCAAUAUCAGUCACCACAAGUACUUAGCUAUACCAACACUAAUGAUAACUAAUGAUUUACUUGGAACCAGUACAAAGAUAACAGAAGUCUUAUGAUUAUGGAUACUAUGAAUUUUUGUUGAAUCCAUACCUCCACAAAUUGUUGAAUUACAGUACUGGUAGGUAGGUAGCUCUACAAAACCACGAAAUCAAUUGUCAAUCCACUAAUAAGUAUUGAAAAAACCCAGUAAAUUUGAACACCACAAAAAUGUCAGAUUUUAUGGUAUAUUGUACACAUGGUUUUUAAUCUAGGAAGUCAAUUUAUGAUCUGGAUUCUCUCACCAUUUAAUGGAAGGUUGUCUGUGGGGCCUGGCUAUUAUAUCAUUCAUGUCUAUUCUGUUUUGUCCAAGACUAAUGUGAUCACUUGAGAAGCUUCAUUUUAGAAAAGAUUUUGAUAAAUCUUUAUUAAAUGUUCAGCUAAAACAAUAUCUCAUCUGAGUUGAUUUGUCUGGGUCAAAAUACAUGUAUAGGUCAUUUUAAAAUGGAUACAAAAUCCUGAACCCCUUUUCCAAUAUCAUUAUAGCGAUUUCAGUAAUUUCUGAAGAAUAUUGAACAAUGAUAAAUCACUGUUUCAGCGAUCAAAGAUCAAGGUGAU